AUGCCCCACGUGAAGAUAUGUGGGCUGCCGAAGUUGCCAAAAGAAGCGGCCAAGCGGCUGGAACUGCUCCGCCGGAGCGGCCGCCAGACGCUCGAACGGGAGAUGUACGAGGUGUACACGGACAUGCUGAAGAGGAAUGAGGACCUUGGAAUGUCCGAAAUGGACCUUCAGGGCCCUACCAGUUUCCAUACAAAGAUGGAUGCCAUUCGUCCUCAGGUGGAGCAGCAGUACCACACGGCAAACAAGCGACUUGCAAUUGCCAAACGGAUAGCUGGUUCGAGCAAGCAGCCGGAUGAACUCCUCAAGUCCAAGGAACUGCUCAAAUCCGAACUUGAAGCUGUUGAGGAAGCUCAGUAUGCCGCCAGGGCAUACACGUUAAUGGUGCAGCUUUUUGCAAAGGUGAUUGACCGGGUUAGCAAUGCAGUGGCCGAGAGGGAGGCGCAAAAGAGCAUCAGACCCGAGUUUGUCAGUUCCAUCGGCUGCCAGAAUGAGGAAGCAUCUACCAUGCCCCGUCCUCCAAAACUGGGUAUCUAUGCACCCUUGGAUCCUGAUGCGGUGAUGCCCUUGGACAUGACGCCUGAAGAGAUGGAGAACAUCCAACACACAGAGUUGGCCUACAACGUCAUGCGAGAUCUGUGCCAGAAGAGCAGGCUUUGCAUUUACCAAGUGUUACAGUUUGAGGACUGGAUGAAGGAAGAGAAAACAAGCUUGCAGAAGUGCCUCCCCAGCAGAGAAAGAAUAUUGCGGAUGGCAGCUUACAAUCGAAUCGUGCGGUCCUUCAGAUCGAGUCAUUUCAAUGAGGAGCUGCAAGCCCACAAAAUUUGGAGAAUCACCAAUUUUGCUGAAUUCUACGACCCACCUGGCUCAGGCCAGGUCCCAGACUAUGAGGGGGAGUUCUCCAUGUUUGCAUUGCCGGUAGGUGCAGAGUCCAGGGAGGCUCAGCACAUGCCCGAAUCACUUGAACCGCGUCAGGGAGAUGCUGGUGAUGCUCAGAAGCCAGACCAGCAGUCCGUGACCAUUGGUUCUGCAAACCACAGCAGUUCCCUACACACAGAGCGUGCCGAUGUGGACCUGGAUCAAGCAGCUUCUGUGCAGGACACAGAGGCGCCCGAAGGGGUUGCACUGCUGGAAGGCAUCUGCGUUGUGUGUAUUGAAAAGUCGGCCCUCUUUGUGAUGCACGAAUGUGGACAUUUGAUAUUUUGCCCGGGCUGCCGGCGCAAGGCAGUUGCUAAAGCCUUGAAGGAAUCUGGCAAGAGUCAGUGGAAAUCCGUGAAGCCGGGACAGUUGUCCAACAAGGAGUUGGAGCGCACCAAGGUACGGUGUCCCAUUUGUCGCGAAGAGAGUGUUGCAGUUGCACAGAAAAAGUUCAGCGGCAAAGUGUAUACGUGA